CUCCUCUCCAUUCCUCUUGUCGACAUCACAUCGCGAUACGCGCGCCCAUCGCCCAUCAUGUCGCUCGUGUCAGGCGAGAAGACGAACUUCCAGUACAUUCUGCGUCUCCUCAACACCAAUGUUGAGGGUAAGCAGAAGAUCAUGUACGCCCUGACCCAGAUCAAGGGUGUCGGUCGCCGCUACUCCAACUUGGUCUGCAAGAAGGCCGAUGUCGACCUCAACAAGCGUGCUGGUGAGCUUACCACCGAAGAGCUUGAGCGCAUCGUCACCAUCCUCCAGACCCCGACCCAGUACAAGAUCCCCUCGUGGUUCCUGAACAGACAGCGCGACAUCACCGAUGGCAAGGACUCCCAGGUCGUCUCCAACGGUCUCGACAGCAAGCUGCGUGAGGACCUCGAGCGCCUGAAGAAGAUCCGCUCCCACCGCGGUCUCCGUCACUACUGGGGCCUGCGUGUCCGUGGCCAGCACACCAAGACCACUGGUCGCCGUGGCCGCACCGUCGGUGUCAGCAAGAAGAAGGGCUAAACGUAUUGUCUUGUCUUAUUUUCCGGGGGUUUAUGGAGGGAUUCCUUUAUUGUCGGUGUGUUUCUAUGGGCAUCCGUGGGAUCUUUUCCCCGCUGGACUGGGUGUGAUGCCAGUCCUAAAAAU